AUGUCCUCUAAGCGCAAGUCCCUGCCGACGAAGGUGCUGGACGCGUCCGUCGGCUGGGACCCCGACGUGUCUGCCGACGUCCCGACCACGUCACCCGUCGAGUCCCACGCCCUCCUCGUCACACCCGCCGACUCCGACAACUCAGACGGCGGGUUCCCGUCACCCGUCAACUGGACAGACGCGGGGGAGUUGACGGGAAAAAAUUUACCGGAUGACGGGGGUGCGAAUUUUAACGGAAAUAACGGGACUUAUAACGGGCCCAUAGUCCCGUUACACCCGAAUGGGUCCAGGAGACACCCAGAAGGUCCCCCAGCACAUGUAAUGGAUCACCCAUUACCCCCAUUCGUGAACCCAUUUUUCCAGCUACACGAAGCACGCUUGUUGCACGACCACAUGCAACACCAACAACACAUGCAACAUCUGCAACACUACAACAUUCCUCCCCCACACUUCUCCCCCAUGGAGGGGGGAAGAGGAGCUCCUAACCCCAUGGAGGGGGUCAGAGGGAUGCCUCCUAGCCCCAUGGAGGGGGUCAGAGGGAUACCGCCUAACCCCAUUGAGGGGGUCAGAGGGAUAGCUCCUAACCCCAUGGAGGGUGUCAGAGGGAUACCGCCUAACCCCAUGGAGGGGGUGAGGGGGAUGCCUCCGGACGGGGGUUACAUGGGGUGCCGGCGCUCCAUGGAUGAGGUGCUGAGGAGGCUCGUCUCCAAGAUCUCCUGCAGCUCCUUGGAGGAGGGCGAGCGACUGGCGCCACACACGAAUGGCCAACUCCACCAGCAGCAGCCCAUGGACCAGCCCUAUGGAGCCCCCAUGUUAAGGUGCCCCCCCAGCGGGGGUGGGGAAUACAACCCCCCAGCCCCCCCAACCCCCGGGGUCGGCGACCCCCUCAACAAUUUAACGCAACUCAUCACCGCCGAGCCUGACGCGCUCAGGACGCAAGAGAAAAAAAUAUCAGCCAUUAUUGGCGAGCUCCAGAAGCUGCUGGACUCCAUACGCCGGCCCAGCAGCGACCAGCUGGAUCAGCUCGAGCAGGAAUAA